UUUGGUGAAACGUCAAACAACUUCUUGAAUUCUUCUUAAAGUCUACUCGGGUCUCUGCUCUUUUGCAGAAAGAGGCAACAAUGGCGACGAGAAGGCGUGAUUCUCCAUCUACAGGAAGAAGACAGAGAAAUCCUACACUUCUAUUAUUGCUCUUAUUUCACGUAGCUGUCGAAAUCUAUGCUCCUGUCUCCGCUCUUCUUCCUUCGCUGUCCUCUUCUCACUCUCUGUCUCCUGCAAUUCAAUGGAAUGAUAAAAUGGUGUUGUCUCGGAAGUUCUAUAUCAAAGAUGACAAGUUCUGGAAAGAUGGGAACCCUUUUCAGAUCAUUGGUGGUGAUUUGCAUUACUUUCGGGUUCUUCCUGAGUACUGGGAAGACAGGCUUAUGAGAGCCAAGGCAUUAGGUCUGAACACUAUACAAACCUAUGUUGCUUGGAAUCUGCAUGAACCAAAGCCUGGAGAGAUGGUUUUCGAGGGUAUUGCUGAUCUCGUGUCCUUUCUCAAGCUGUGUCAGAAACUUGAUUUACUGGUUAUGCUGCGUGCUGGGCCUUAUAUCUGUGGAGAGUGGGACCUGGGGGGGUUUCCUGCUUGGUUACUGGCGAUAAAACCCCCGCUCAAACUGAGAACGUCUGAUCCUGCAUAUCUUAAAUUGGUUGAAAGAUGGUGGGCUGUUCUGCUCCCAAAGGUAGUUCCUCUGCUUUACCACAAUGGGGGUCCUGUUAUAAUGGUUCAGAUUGAAAAUGAAUAUGGCUCAUAUGGGAGUGACAAAGCUUAUCUUCAUAGUUUACUUGCUCUGGCUAGAGGACACCUUGGAGAUGACAUAAUUAUAUAUACCACAGAUGGAGGCACCAAAGAAACUCUCGAGAAAGGAACCAUCCCCCUAGACAACGUCUAUUCAGCUGUUGACUUCUCUACUGGCGAUGCACCUUGGCCUAUUUUUGAACUGCAAAAGAAGUUUAACGCUCCCGGAAGAUCACCUCCACUUUCCUCAGAAUUCUAUACUGGCUGGCUUACACACUGGGGAGAGAAGAUUGCAAAAACUGAUGCUGAUUUUACAGCAGCUGCCCUCGAAAAAAUAUUGUCACGAAACGGUUCUGCUGUUCUUUAUAUGGUGCAUGGAGGAACAAACUUUGGCUUUUACAGUGGAGCAAAUACCGAUUCUGGAGAAUCUGACUACAAACCAGAUCUGACAUCCUAUGACUAUGAUGCUCCCAUUAAGGAAGCUGGUGACAUAGAUAACCGAAAAUUCCAGGCUCUCCAGAGGGUAAUAAAGAAGUACAAUGAAGCACCCCACUCCAAAAAGCUCAACUGUAAAAGAAAAGCCUAUGGACCGAUCCAGUUGCGGAGGACAAUGUCUCUAUUUGAUUUAGCUAAUACUACAGAUCCUUCAGAUGUGAUUAAUUCUUCUAAUCCAAUGUCUAUGGAGUCUGCUGGCCAGAUGUUUGGGUUUCUUCUGUAUGAAUCUUCAUACAUCACAAAGAAGGAUGGAAAUAUACUACGGAUCCCUAAGGUGCAUGACAGAGCUCAAGUGUUUAUAUCAUGCCUUUCUGAAAAUUACAAUGGAGGACUGAGAUUCACCGGUACAAUUGAGAGACAGAACAACCAACCUGUUUUCCUUCCUACAAUUAAGUGUGCUUCUAAGACUGGCUUGUUCAUUUUGGUUGAAAACAUGGGUCGUGUAAAUUAUGGACCGUAUAUCUUUGAUGAGAAGGGUAUUUUGUCUUCUGUUUAUCUAGAUGGUAAAACUCUUCAUGGAUGGAAGAUGAUACCAAUUCCUUUUCACAAUCUGAAUGAAGUUCCGAAGCUAAGUUUUAAGACCCGUUUUACCAGAACGAGUUACGAGAAAUUCGAGGUUACCUCUGAUGAUCAGAAGGAACCGACUGUAUUUACUGGCCAGUUUGUUAUCGAUAAUAUAAGCGAAGAAGUCGAAGAAGACGCAUACCUAUCAUUCAACGGUUGGGGCAAAGGAGUUGCUUUUGUCAAUGAAUUCAACAUUGGAAGAUACUGGCCGUCAUUUGGACCACAGUGCAACCUCUACGUUCCUGCUCCAAUCCUUAAACCUGGCCGAAAUUCCGUGGUAAUUUUCGAGUUGGAAUCUCCCCAUCCCGAGCUUAUGGUGCAAACCGUUGAUCAGUCCGACUUCACUUGCGGUUCGGAUUCCCGAAACGUGCAUCAGCUGUAACCUUAGUCCUGUUCAGGUCGGACAAAGGAAGAGACUUGAUAUCCUCACAAGGCAGGUUUUACUUUUUAUCCUUAUAGUUUCCUCCCUCUCAUGUCCUGAUUGUUCGAACUCUGAUUUUCCUCACUGUCAAUCUCGUGUUUCCACAUUAUGUACCAAUUCAUGGUUAGAGCCAACAUAUUAUGCGUAUUUAAUCUUAGUUCCAUUCCAUUGAUGAUGCUCA